GGGGGACGAAAGCAACGCCCCAACCAACCACCCUCCUCCGUCUCCAUUUCACUCCAUCAUAACAUAGCACCACACCAUCCGGGCAUCAUUCGUGGUGGUAGUACUCUGCUCUCGCUCAUCACCGAUUACCAGCAGCUCCGUCGUCACCGGCCGUGCUCGGGCACAACCGAGCGCGCGGCUCCGGCCAUUGCCGUGGUGGUGGUGGUCGUGUAACCAUCGUCGUCGUCGGAGGAGGAACAGCGGCGGCGGCAAGAUGUUCGGGCGGGACCCGUGGGGCGGGACGCUGGAGAUCUCGAACGCGGACUCGGCGACGGACGACGACCGGAGCCGGGACCUGGACCGGGGCGCCAUGAUGCGGCACCAGCUGGACGAGACGCAGCAGAGCUGGCUCCUCGCCGGCCCCGGCGACCAGGCGGGCAAGAAGAAGAAGAAGUACGUCGACAUCGGGUGCAUGGUCAUCGACCGCAAGAUCUUCAUGUGGACCGUCGGCACCAUCCUCGGCGUCGGCCUCUUCAUCGGCUUCGUCAUGAUGAUCGUCAAGCUCGUCCCGCACAAGAAGCCCGCGCCGCCGCCGCCCGACGAGUACACGCUCGCCCUGCACAAGGCGCUCAUGUUCUUCAACGCGCAGCGAUCCGGUCCUCUGCCCAAGCACAACGGCGUGAGCUGGAGGGGCAACUCCGGCAUGAAGGACGGCCUCUCCGACAGCACCACCAAGAAGAGCCUGGUCGGCGGCUUCUACGACGCCGGGGACGCCAUCAAGUUCAACUACCCCAUGGCCUGGUCCAUGACCAUGCUCAGCUGGACCGUCAUCGAGUACAAGGCCAAGUACGAGAAGAUCGGCGAGCUCGACCACGUCAAGGAGAUCAUCAAGUGGGGCACCGACUACAUGCUCAAGACCUUCAACUCCUCCGCCGACACCAUUGAUAAGAUCGUCGCCCAGGUGGGUAUAGGUGACACCUCCAAGGGCCCCUCGCCAAAUGACCACUACUGCUGGAUGAGACCAGAGGAUAUCGAUUACAAGAGGCCUGUCAUCGAGUGCCACUCUUGCUCUGACCUUGCCGCUGAAAUGGCCGCUGCCCUUGCAGCGGCUUCCAUAGUGUUCAAGGACAACAAGGCAUACUCUGACAAGCUCGUCCACGGUGCCAAGGCGCUGUACAAGUUCGGUAGAGUGCAGCGGGGCCGAUACAGCCCCAAUGGCUCUGACCAGUCGCUGUUCUACAACUCCACCAGCUACUGGGACGAGUUUGUCUGGGGUGGUGCCUGGAUGUACUUCGCCACGGGGAACACGUCGUACCUCACGGUCGCCACGGCUCCAGGAAUGGCGAAGCACGCGGGGGCGUUUUGGCUUGGCAGUCCAAAUUAUGGAGUGUUCACCUGGGAUGACAAACUUCCAGGAUCUCAGGUUCUUCUCAGCAGGUUGCGGCUCUUCCUAAGUCCAGGGUACCCUUAUGAAGAAAUACUAAGGACCUUCCACAACCAAACUGACAAUGUCAUGUGCUCAUAUCUACCAGUAUACAAUUCAUUCAACUUCACUAAAGGAGGAUUGAUACAACUCAACCAUGGAAGGCCGCAGCCACUUCAGUAUGUUGUCAAUGCGGCUUUCCUUGCCUCUUUGUAUGCUGAUUAUCUGGACACUGCUGAUACACCAGGGUGGUACUGUGGACCUAAUUUCUACAAGACAGAUGUCCUCCGCAAGUUUGCAAAGUCACAGCUCGAUUACAUCCUAGGCAAGAACCCACAAAAGAUGAGCUACGUCGUGGGUUAUGGGAAGAAGUACCCCAAGCGUGUUCAUCACAGAGGGGCAUCAAUCCCUCAUAACGGUGUCAAGUAUGGAUGCAAGGGAGGUUUUAAAUGGAGGGAGUCUAAAAAGGCAAACCCUAAUGUCCUCAUCGGAGCAAUGGUUGCUGGCCCUGACAGGCACGAUGGCUUCAAAGAUAUCCGCACAAACUACAAUUACACAGAGCCUACUCUUGCAGCAAAUGCUGGCUUGGUUGCAGCACUGAUUUCUCUAGCUGACAUCGAUACCGGCAGCAGAAAUUCGAUUGAUAAGAACACCAUCUUCUCAGCAGUUCCCCCGAUGUUCCCAACUCCACCACCACCACCAUCAGCUUGGAAACCAUGAAGAGUCAGAACCCUCAACAUUCAUAAGCAUCAAAUGGAGGGAGCAACAGAUGGUUGUUUGAUAUACAGCAAAGGCCACAAACAGAAAGCAGCAACAUAAGCUUACAGAAAGAGUUUCUACUUCUGUAUCGGUAUGACGGAUCAGUAUAAAUCAUCUGUCAGCCAUGGAGUGGAAGUUGUGUGCAAUUUGAGAAACUAAUUUUUGAGGUCCUUGUUGUUAUUCAUAUUCCGAGUUCACGUGUGAAGUUCUUUUUGUAGAAAUGGUACCUUUGUAAGCCCUUUUGUUUUAUAGGAGUGACUUUUUCGUCACAGUAUAGUAAAGGAUGUGUGACCUUCA